AUGGUAGGAUUAAAAGAUACCACUGAAGAAAAUAGUAAUGGAGAAUCUACUUUAUCACAAAAUAUAAAACAAAAUAUAGAUAGAAUUUAUAAAUCUUCAAUAUUGAAUACAUUAAAAUUAUAUAAUAAUAAUAAUAAUAAUAAUAAUAAUAAUAAUAAUAAUAAUAAUACAACAUCAACAACCACAAAUACAAAUAAUAAUAAAACAUCAAUUGACGAUAAUGGUGAAGAUGAAUCAAAAAGGAUAAAAUUAUAUUCAAAAAUUAAAGAUGAAUAUGAACCAGUUAAAGAUUUACCAAUGGUAGCACCACAACAAAGAAAACCUGCUGCUACUGCUAAACAAACUUCAACACCUACAACUACCUCAACAGAAUCAAAACCAACUAUUGAAGAAAUGGAAAUUGAUAAAUCAAUUGAUAAUAUAAUAAAAAGUUUACCAAAACAAGAUGAAAAAAGAAGAAAAAUUGAAGAUGAUAAAAGUUCACAAAUUACAAUAUAUAAUAAAACAAAUACAGAUGAUAUAAAUAAUAGAACAUUAAUAAAUCAAUAUGAACCAUUAACUUAUACAAAACCAGAAUGGCAUCCACCAUGGAAAUUAAUGCGUGUAAUUAGUGGUCAUACAGGAUGGGUUAGAGCAAUAGCAGUUGAUAAAUCUAAUGAAUGGUUUGCAACAGGUAGUACAGAUAAUACUAUAAAGGUAUGGGAUUUAGCAUCUGGUGAAUUAAAGGUAACCUUGACAGGUCAUGUUAGUGCCAUUAGAGGAUUGGAGGUGAGUUCGAGACAUCCUUAUCUCUUUUCAGUGGGUGAAGAUAAUAAGGUGUUAUGUUGGGAUUUAGAGUCCAACAAACAAGUUAGAAACUACUAUGGACAUAGGCAAGGUGUUUACUCGGUUGCACUUCAUCCAACAUUGGAUGUAUUGUUUAGUGGUGGUCGUGACAAUUGUGUACGUGUUUGGGAUAUGAGAACCAGAGCAAACAUAUUCGAAAUGAAGGGUCACAAAGGAACAAUUCUAUCUUUGAAAUCUCAAAAUGCAGAUCCACAAGUUAUCUCUGGCUCAAUGGAUACCACGGUGAAACUUUGGGAUUUAGCAACGGGUACAAGUGCUGCAACUCUAACCAAUCAUAAAAAAGGUGUACGUUCAAUGGUAAUUCAUGAAAAGGAGUACUCAUUCGCCACUGGUGCCGCUGAUAAUAUUAAACAGUGGAAAUGUCCUGACGGUUCCUUUAUAAAGAAUCUAUCGGGUCAUAAUUCAAUCAUCAAUGCUAUGGCAUUGAAUGCUGAUAAUGUUUUGGUUAGUGGUGGUGAUAAUGGUUCAAUCAGUUUUUGGGAUUGGAAAACUGGUUAUUGUUUUCAAAAAACUCAAUCAAUCGUUCAACCUGGUUCAUUGGAAGGUGAAGCUGGCAUUUUCGAUAUGGCUUUCGAUAAAACUGGUUCAAGAUUAAUCACUUGUGAAGCUGAUAAAACUAUUAAAUUUUAUAAAGAAGAUGAAGAUGCAACACCUUAUACUCAUCCUGUUGUUGAUUGGAAACCAAAAAAUAAUGAUCGUUAUUAA